AUGUUACUGCUUGAAGACUUCUUUGAUUCUGCACUGGUGAUUUGCAAAUGCAGUAAUGAAGGGAUGAAAGAGCUAGUGAAUUUAUUUUUGCCUGAACUAGGGCGCCUAGUGACAGAAGCAAAUCUUUGCUGCUCUCUGCACCUGGAGGCCUUGAGGACCCUCAACUCUAUACUUGACAGUCUCCCACGGGAGGAGAGAAAGAAGUUCCCUCUCUCUGAGGAGAUGUGCUCUCUCACGAAAGACCUUGCAAAAACUAUACUGGAGGUUGGUGAUUAUGACCUUCAGGUUGCCCUUUCAGAAGCACUUUGUAGGCUAAUAAUAAAAAAAUGGAGGGAUGACCUUGUUCACCAAUGGUUUGAAGAUAAGUAUCUUGCUGAAGCUUUCAAAGAGAUCAAGGAUCGAGAAUUUGAGACGGACUGCAGAAAAUUUCUUAAUCUCCUAAAUGAAAGGCUUGGAGAUAAAAGAAGGGUCUACUCAUUUCCUUGCAUAUCUGCUUUUGCUGACAUGAAUGAGGCAAAGAAGCCAUCGGAUGAGAAACUGGAGGAGUUUUGGAUUGACUUCAAUGCUGGCAGCCAGAGUGUGACUUUCUAUGUGGAUUGUGAUGAGGGAGCUCUUUGGGACUCUGUGAGGCUGUCAAAAGAAAAUGUCAACACUUACAGUGUGAAGGAGAAGGAUAGAAAAAAGAUUGUUAAAAUUUUUAUGAAGAUACCCACUGUUAUUAACAAAACAGAAGCAAUAAAAUUUAAACUGGUUUUCAGUGAUGAGCUUGAAAUAUUAGCUGUACUUAGAAAAGUCCUGGGAGAUGAAAGACUGAUGAUAUUUGAGUCUGAAGAUGAGAUUGUCCAUUCUGGGAAGGAAGCUAUGCAGAAUGAAGCAGAAACACCCGCGCCCUCUAACGCACAGACGAGGAAAGAUCCUUCAAACUCUGAAAAUGUGGAGACUCAGAAAGACAACUCAGCCUCUCAGCACAGACAGCAGCUAACAGGGACUAAAAUGGUCAACUCUGGUGUUGCCAUGGUUACAGUGAGCCAGCAGACUGACCUGGAAGAUGCUAACCAAGAAAAAACCUCCAAAACUCCAUCUUCAGGGAUGAAAGCUAAGCCUAGUGAGAAGCCCCUAGAAGAAGAACCCAUGGAUGAGCAGAUACCAAAGAUCCUGCAACUCUCUCCUUUUCCAAGGGAUGUUACCAGCAAAAAGAGAAACAGGAGAUCAAGUUUGGCCAAGAAGAGGGCUGAAGGCAGGAAGGAAGUCUAUGACUUUGAAAACUCAGACUCCUCAAGUCGUGAAAAGGUUGCUGAAGCCAAAGGAAAGAUUCUUGCCCAGAAAACUUCUUCACAAAGUCAGAGGACUUAUGAAACCAGAAGCAAGAGCAAGGAAUCAAGCACUCUUGAGAGAAGGCGGUCCAGCUACAGGAAACACCUUUUCUCUGAAAGUAACAAUGAAAAUACAAGCCCUGAUAAGAGUGAGAAAAGCUGGAUCCUUGACUCUCAGAUACAGCCAGUGCCAAAAUCUGCUGACUAUACCCGAAAAAGACCCAGGGUGAGAAGUAAAUUAAAAGUGCUUCCAGUGUCUUCUGCAAGUAGUGGCAGUGACUAUGAGUCAAAGAAGGAGGGAGAAUCAAGGCAAAGAGCUCAAAAGGAGAUGCUAAGGAAAAACUCAUUGAGCUCCAAGGAAGAUGAUUUACCCACAGUGAAUCUUGCUGAUGAAGUGCUCUCAGAUGAUCUUGGAGGGAGUCCACUGCUGCUUGGUGUGUCUGCCAGGAGCCCUUCCAGCGAUGUGGAAAAAGCCACACAGAAGUUUCAUAGUACACCUGGCAAAUUAUCAAGAGAGGAAGAAAGUAGCAAGCGGAAGGACUCAGAUAUACUGAGUGGCACUAUCAUAAAAAAGCCUAAGUUUUCUAGUUUGGAGAAAAAUCACUUGCCCUCUGAGAUUAACCAUACACCAAAGAAAAUUUCUGAUUCAGUAAAAGAGGAAGUGGAGAUCCAGAAAGGUCAGAAAAUGGAUGAUAGCCUAGACGAUGUGGUUUUUUCCAAGAUGCUCCACGAAGACUUGAGUGAUUCAGGAGUGAUUUUUGCCUUUGAAAGCUUUAUUGGCCAACUGAAGAAAUUGUUCUGGUCCCGGUACAAAAGGAUUGAGAUCAACACACAGGAUGCCCUGAGAUCUUCAGAGAAGAACUUGUCAGCCCUGCUGAACCAGAUACAUAUGUGCAGGCUGAAUAAAUUUGAGACCUUCCGGAAGAUUGUUGUUGAAGAGCUUGCCAACCUUGAGAAGGAUACUCAAAUUCUGGCAGCCAUGGAGAAGGAAGCACUGGAUUUCUGGAACGCGCAGCUGCUCAAACUCAAUACGUUCUACAGCCAGCAAAAGGAAAGAAUUGAGUCAGUUGACUCGGCCCUGGGUGAAACAGCAAAGAGUUUUACCGACGCUGUGCAGAAUACAACGUAUGAACUCUCACCGAAGAAGGAAGAAGAAAACGUGUUCAUUGUUCCUUCUGACUAG